CCAGCAGAGAAGGAGGAGCUGCCUGCCUAGGCCUCGCCCUUCCUUUAAGCCUGGUGCAGGCAUUGGAAAGCCAAAAGCCAGGCUGAGACUGAGAGAGCCCAGCUGGGAGGCAGAGAGACAGAGUCCAUCCUUAAAGGUAUCUCCAGUUACGGGAAGGGUGAACAAACUGGUCUUCUAGGCUUUGGAGGGACACAAAAGCAGGCCACAAUGUCUAAAAAAAUCCAUGGCGGUUCUGUGGUUGAGAUGCAGGGGGAUGAAAUGACACGUGUAAUAUGGGAACUGAUCAAGGAAAAGCUGAUCUUUCCCUAUGUGGAUCUGGAUCUCCACAGCUAUGAUUUGGGCAUAGAGAAUCGUGAUGCAACUAAUGAUAAGGUGACAGUGGAAGCUGCGGAAGCGAUAAAAAAGUACAAUGUAGGAAUCAAGUGUGCCACAAUCACCCCUGAUGAGAAAAGGGUAGAAGAAUUCAAGCUGAAGCAGAUGUGGAAAUCUCCUAAUGGAACGAUCCGAAACAUUCUAGGGGGUACUGUCUUCAGAGAAGCCAUAAUCUGUAAAAAUAUUCCCCGUCUAGUAUCCGGGUGGGUAAAACCCAUCAUCAUUGGCCGUCAUGCUUAUGGAGACCAGUACAGAGCCACAGACUUUGUUGUUCCUGGCCCUGGAAAGGUAGAGAUGAUCUACACACCAAAGGAUGGAGGCAAACCUGUAACCUAUUUAGUCCAUAACUUUGAAAGCGGUGGAGGUGUGGCUUUAGGAAUGUACAACCUUGACCAGUCUAUCAAGGACUUUGCGCAUAGUUCUUUCCAGAUGGCAUUGUCUAAAGCCUGGCCUCUUUACAUGAGCACCAAAAACACCAUUUUGAAGAAAUACGAUGGCCGUUUUAAGGACAUCUUUCAGGAGAUCUAUGAGAAGGAGUACAAGUCACAGUUUGAAGCAAAAAAGAUUUGGUAUGAACAUCGGCUGAUUGAUGACAUGGUGGCUCAAGCCCUAAAAUCCGAGGGAGGCUUUAUCUGGGCCUGCAAGAACUACGAUGGUGAUGUGCAGUCUGACUCAGUUGCACAAGGUUAUGGCUCCUUAGGGAUGAUGACCAGUGUCCUGAUCUGCCCAGAUGGCAAAACAGUUGAAGCUGAAGCUGCUCAUGGAACAGUGACUCGUCAUUAUCGCAUGUACCAGAAAGGACAAGAAACCUCUACUAACCCCAUUGCAUCCAUUUAUGCCUGGACUAGAGGUCUAGCUCAUAGAGCAAAGUUGGAUAAAAAUACAGAGCUCAAGAACUUUGCCACUGCCUUGGAGGAUGUCUGUGUAGAGACCAUUGAAGCUGGCUUUAUGACUAAAGACCUGUCUGCUUGCAUCAAAGGGUUACCAAAUGUGAAGCGCUCAGACUACUUGAACACAUUUGAGUUCAUGGAUAAACUUGCGGAGAACCUGAAGGCAAAGCUGUCUUCCCAGCCAAGACUUUAAGAGCCACCCUCAAGAAUUGCCGUGGAAAGAUUUGUCUGCCAAAUGAAUUAUUUACAUUGUGCUGUAGCACAGCACUUCAAAAUAUCUGAAGAAUACAAUCUAAAUUAGAAAUAUGUUUCAAUUCUCUCAUUACCAAGUUUAUGGGCGUGUUUUUUUUAGUGAAUAAGUUCAGUGACUGCCUCUAUAAAUUAUGCCCCCAUCACUAGCCAGCCAACCCCCCCGCCCCCCCUUAUGAUAAGGAAAGAAAAUCUGUUUUAAACAAUAAAGUGGGUUUUGGUUUCUAACUGGGUAUAAGCUUCGCACUCAACUGUAUAAGCAGUCCAGAAGUCUGACAAGCCACUUCAUGAGUUAAGAGCGAAACCACAGUAUGCCUGGCUAGGUGUAAGAGGAUUUUACUUACCAGUGGGGGGAGAUAAAAUUUUUAGUUUUCAUUGGAAGCACUGCUAUAGUGCACAAUGGCACUAUAUAUCCGUCCUUAUAUCUAGUUGCUAGUCUGAAGUGCAGGAAUGAAUGUAACUUCUGAACUGCAGACACCUGAAGAGCAGGGAUGAUAGCUAGGUGCAUUUUGAAAAGGUACAAUUCCUCAAAAUGUCUUUCAUCAACUGUUUAAACAUCCUUUUAUUUUGUUACUUCGGUAUUGAAUGCUGUUUGGUAUUAAAUACUAUUUUAAGGAGGGUUGUUUUUUAAGGAGGGGAUGUUUCACCUAAAUAAAUCAUUAAUAUCCA